AUGGACUCCAUAGACGCCACGAACCGGAAAGAUAGCUCCAAUGUCGGCGGAACUCCUGCGUCCCUGCUUACAAUCAUCCUCGACACGAACCCAAUAGCCUGGGACACGCUUUCUCCUGUUAUAUCCCUAUCUCAUGUCAUCUCCAACCUUCUCCUCUUCAUCAACGCGCACCUCGCCAUCAACGGUUCCAAUCAGAUUGCCGUUCUCGCCUCGCACACCGACCGCGUUGCCUGGCUAUAUCCGACGCCAGGAUCCAAUGCCCCUUCACUACACUCUACGCAGAAUGGGACGGUAAACCACCAUGCCACUGAGGAGUACGCGAACAAGUAUCGCCCUUUCUUGGCGAUUGAGCAAGAGAUCCUAGCGAACUUGAGGCAGCUUAUGGAUUCUACAGACCCGGAGAGUCUGACUGGGGCGUCGGGUACAGACUGCACGCAGAUCGCUGGAAGUCUGACAACGGCACUUACGUAUAUCAAUCAGCAGACAUUGCUCAUCAGCCCUCCUCCAGACACGGCAACAGUCACCCUGCAAACUACACAGACCGCCACAAAAUUGGAACAGAAGAAAUUGAUCUCGCGAUUGUUAAUUGUUUCAGUAUCGAGCGACUUGGCCGAUCAGUACAUCAGCGUCAUGAACUCGAUAUUCGCAGCACAGAGACUACAGAUCCCGCUGGAUGUGCUUAAGCUCUCGGGUUCGACGACUUUUUUACAGCAGGCGAGCGAUGCCACAAAUGGCAUAUACUUGGCUCCUGACCCAGAGGAUUUGACAGGCGGUUCAGGGCUUCUGCAAUAUCUUAUGAUGGGCUACCUGCCCGAUGCUACAUCGCGGCAGUACUUAAACGUGCCGGGAAAAUUAGAGGUAGAUUUCCGAGCGGCAUGUUUUUGCCAUAGAAAAGUUGUGGACAUCGGCUAUGUCUGUAGCGUGUGUUUGAGCAUAUUUUGUGACCCGGGUAUUCUGCCAAACAAUCAAUGUCUGACUUGUGGCACGGCGCUCAAUCUGCCGGUCGGGUGGGAUGUUAAGCCAGCAUUAAUUCCGCGAAGGAAGAAGAAGAAGAAGGUUACAGAUGGCAUCUCCAGUCCAGCGGGCACACCUGCUCCCGGGGGAAGCACGCCGAUACGAUGA